AUGGCAGACCCAUCAGCAUCUCUAGAACAACCACGGCCACAGACACCCAAACGACCAGGAGCAUCUGCAUUAUUCUGGCUCGGCCUUUCUUACACACCACUUCUAGCUCGUGUGUCGCUUUCACACACGCUGAAUCUCGCCGACUCUUCGCCAUAUCAGGAUUUAAGAAGUGCAGUAACUAUUGCCUUCAUCCGCGCCUUUAUUGCGCCAAAGGAGGGAAAUCCACAUACCUUCUCGCAAGCCCAGCGACGAACAGUGAACAAACUGCCUGUCAGAGGCAGAAUAUGGAUCAGCACCUAUACUACCCCCGUCCCGCCAGAACCCGAGUCAAUCACGGCAGCACUGGGGAAAGUGAUCGAAACUCUCAACAAUCCAGAUGUCCCUGUACCUAGGAUACAGCUGCCGGAUGUUGUCCCAGUGUCUGGCGAAUGGACGGGAUACAGGGCGGCGGCCAAGGAGGAUGAGCCGGCUCCGAAAAUCUCAGACCAGGACAAGUACAUCGAAAUGAUGAAGGAGGUCAAGAAGUCAACGACAGUUUUAUACCUCCACGGAGGGGGUCAUGCAUUUAUGGAUCCGGCUAGCCAUCGGCCUACGGUUAAGAAGCUUGCAAAGAUAACUGGUGGUCGGGCUUUCUCAGUACGAUAUAGAUUGGUUCCUCAAAGCCCUUUCCCAGGAUCACUGUUAGACUGCUUGGUGGCAUACUUGACGCUUUUGUAUCCACCCCCUGGAUCUUAUCAUGAGCCGGUAGAUCCAAAGCAUAUUGUCAUUGCAGGAGAUAGUGCCGGAGGCAACUUGGCCAUGUCCCUGAUUCAAGUCAUUGUCGAGUUAAAUCGCCUUGGUCAGCAAAUUACAUGGUAUGGGGAACCACGCGGCAUCCCUAUCCCCGCCGGGGCCGCUUGUAAUUCACCUUGGCUCGACAUCUCCCACAGCUCGAGGGAGCACUAUGGGAAAGUCCCAGAAGCGUUCGAUUUCCUGGGGCCAUUGGACGAUAUGGGCCGCAGAGGCCAUUUACCUUGCGACAUCUGGCCCGCUAGUCCGCCGCGAAAAUUCAUGUACGCAGCCGACGACAUGAUGAUGCACCCCUUGGUAUCUCCUGUGAUGCGACGGGACUGGGGUGGCUUCCCUCCAGUAUACAUUUGCACAGGGUGGGAAAGGCUAGCGUAUGAAGACAAGUUUAUGGCACAAAAGCUUGAACGAGAUGGUGUGACGGUUGUGUUUGAGGAAUACGAGGCAAUGGCGCAUUGCUUCGCGUUGGUGUUGCCCAAGAUUCCGGAGGCAAGGAGAUGUAUGGAUGCUUGGGCGGGUUUUAUUCAACAGGCAGUAGAGAAUCCCAGGGGCUUGAAAUCCAGCGCGAUGACAAUCCACGCCAAGACGUUGAAGGAGGUGCCCAUUGAUUUCAAGGACUUGUUUGAUGUUUCGGAGGAGGAAGUGAGGAGGAGGGUAGUGAAUAAGGUGGCGGAGAUCCAGGCAUGGAUACCCGCGGAGUCAAAGCUAUAG